AUGAACCGUUAUUUCAUGAACAAGACCUUCCUUCGUCUUCUUUCAUAUUGCAUCUUUUUCUUCCUUCUACGCUUCAUCUUCAUCAUUUCCUUCAAUGAAACUUUCUGCAAUCAUUAUUCCUCCAAUUUCUGCUUCUUUUCAACCUCAAAAUCUCAUCAAAAUGCAGAUUCUUCUCAUAGCAAUCUUCUUCAAAACGACUUUCGAACCUCUAAUCAGUAUGAAUUUUACUCCUCCAUUUUCCAAGAUUUAAUCUUUAAUGGCUUCGUAUCUUCCAAUUCUUCUUCUUUCACUUUCUCGAAAUCCGAUAUUAUUGCCCUUCAAGACCUUGGUGUGAAUCAGACAUUUUCCUCUUUUGAAAUAUCUGAUCAUUCUUUUGAUUUUAUGUUCUUUCAUGAUUUUGAUUUUCCUUCUUCAAUUUCUCUUAUGGGUAUUGUUUUUCAGAUCAACAGAACACUAAAUCCAUCUGGGUUUCUUGUAAUUCACACAAAAAACAAAGAUUUUUAUGCAUUUCAAUCAAUUCUUGAACUUUUUACUUUCUGCAAUUCAAUUAGGGUUCGUGAUAUCCAUGGUUCUACCCCAUCAAUACCUUCAAUUCGUGAAAUCAUUCUGCAAAAAUCAGUAAACCCAAUUCAUAAACAUGAUAAAAAAUCUGAUCAAUGCUCGAUUCUCGAGUAUAAAUUCCAAUUAAUCAAUGAUUUAGAACCCUUAAUCGAAAAAGAACCAUUAAAACCAUGGAUUACAUUGAAAAGAAACAUGAAGAAUGUAAAGUAUUUAACAUCCAUGGUGGAUAUAAGCUUCAAACCAAGAUAUAUUUAUAUCGAUGUGGGAUCUCGAAACUAUGGAUCUAGUAUAGGAAGCUGGUUCAAAAGGGUUUAUCCAAAACAGAACAAAAGUUUUGAGAUUUACGCCAUUGAAGCUGAUAAAGAAUUCCAUGGCGAAUACAGGUCAAAGAAAGAUGUAACCCUUUUACCAUUUGCAGCUUGGUUAAGGAAUGAGACAUUGUUCUUUGAGAUAAACAGAGAACCCAGAAAGAAAAAUGAAGAAUACAGAGGGAAAAUGGGGAAGAACAGGGGAAUGGGAAGGAUUGAUCCAGUACAAUCAUCAGAAAGAUUUGUAAGAAAUGUGGGGAAGAUUAGGGGAUUUGAUUUAGCAGAAUGGUUGAAGAAUGAAUUUGAGGAAAGGGAUUUUGUUGUGAUGAAAAUGGAUAUUGAAGGUACUGAGUUUAAUUUGAUUCCUAGGUUGAUUGAAACUGGUGCAAUUUGUUUGAUUGAUGAGAUGUUUUUGGAAUGUCAUUAUAAUCGAUGGCAGAGGUGUUGUCCUGGUGUAAGAAGUCCAAAGUAUGAAAAGAGUUAUGUUGAAUGCUUUCAAUUGUUUAGUUCUUUAAGGAAUAGACGUGUUUUUGUUCAUCAAUGGUGGUAGUGCAAAAAUACGACUUUGGUCAUGAUCACGGUAAUGUUCGCUAAACGGAUUUCACAUUGCGGUCAAUCUAGCUUUUAUUUCGGUUGCGGUAAAGUCUAAAGUCUUUACAAUACGGCUACGAUAUGAUAAUGCACACUUAUUUUUCACUAUGAUGGUUGCUACGCAAAGUAAUGGACUUGAAUGAUGAAUGGAUAGGUUUUAGAUUAGAUGGGAUUAAUCAUUAGAAAAAUGUAAUGGAGAGCAGACAAAUUUUUAUU